CGAGUUCUUUGUCGGUAGACUGACUUACGUCAUUCGAACAAAAAUCAUGAACGCCAGAAGAACAAUGCAAGAGAAGCAGGAGAAAAAGGAAGAAAUCACAAAACGCCUUGACAAACUUCAGCGAACCUCUGACGACGUCCUCCUAAAAAUGACAAAUACUCUUGACGACAGAAUUGAAAAGAUCGUGGACGGCUUGCACCAGUUUCUUUCCAGUCCUUCCACAAUGGAGCGACUGAAUGAGUGGAACACGGCGGAACUUCCGGAUGGUGACGACAUGGACGACAUUGAGAACCGCGCGCGCACCAUGAUUCAAAAAGUGAUCACAGACGAGGUAAGAGACUGGGAGAGCGCCAACCACAACUUCAGCAAAGCUCGCCAAGAACUCUAUGAAUAUUUCAAGAGAGAGUUCAACUUUCUGGACGAGGAACUGCGCCGCGUCGAAGGGAGCCUGCAAGACGACGGGUUUUCGGGGGACGGGGCGCAAAAUGCUCUGCCGCAAAUGACAGACGAGCCGCUAUUUAAUUCGACUGAAAAGUUAGUCCUCGGACUUACAGCCCCCCUUUGGGUGCCUCUCGCUCUUGUGGCCACCAUCAUAGCAUUACCUAUUAUAGGGGGCAUAGCCAUCCGCGAGAAGGUGAAACAGGACAAACAACUCCGCGAAUAUAAGCAAAAUAAACUUGGAACAAUGAAAAAAUGGUUCAGAGAAACCAUUGAAGAUUUAGACUCUGAGGCCCUGAAGGAGAGGGUCGUCGAAAUCCAGCUGGCCAGCCUGCGUGAGAUCAUCGAACACAUUCGAAAAUUGAUCCCUCGCCUGAUCGACGCUGAUCGAAAACUGAUCGAGGACGUUGUGCACGAUGAGCGAAGUGAAGGAGAACUAGUCCGAAUUUUCAGCCCUCUGUAUAAACAGUGUGAAAGGCUGCACGGUCGCAUUCAACUGUUCCACGCUCGCUAUAUGAGGCAUUUUACAAUCCAUAAAUCUGACAUUAUCGAAAAGAAAUGGAUUGCCAGUGGAAGUUUUGCCGAGGUAUACGACGCCAGCGUCCGUAUUAAUGGGGAAGUCCAGCGGGUGGCUCUGAAACAAAUGAAGGAAGCCCUGAAGUACCACAAUGCCGGUGACUACUUUAUGGAAGAGGACACUUUAAUUCGACUUCAGGGCAGCCCAAAUAUCGUGGGCUACAUUGGUACUAUAUAUCAGACGGAACCAGACGAGCGACUGAUUAUGAUAACAGAGCUGUGCGCCAAGACCCUGAAAGUGGCCAUCUUUAAAGAUCCGAAUAAGCAGCCGGCAAGAUGGUCUGGUGAGGCGCAGAGAAAGGCUUUUGCCUAUGUUUCAAACAUGGCGGCACAGCUGGCGGUGGCGAUCGACUACAUCCACAAGAAGGGCUUCAUUCACAGAGAUUUAAAGAUGGAUAAUAUUCUGUUAACAGAUAACGACGAAGACGUGACAAAACAAGACACCUUGAAACUCAGCGAUGUCGGGCUAACCAAGGCUGAGUCCCAGAUAACGGGAACACUGUGCGGGACAAUUGCCUAUUCCGCUCCUGAAGUCCUUGCUGGCAUGGCCUACAACAAACAGGCAGAUUUGUACAGCUUCGGUCUUAUUCUCUGGGAGAUGUGGUACGGAGUUAAAGUCUUCCCCGAUCUUCAUGCCAAUCACUUUGAAUUCAUGCAGUACGUCCUGGACGGCAUGCGCCCCGAAUUCACGAUGCGAAACCGAAGUCCACCGCCGAAAGAGUGGAAGGAAAUCAUGGAGCGAUGUUGGGAGUCCCAACCAGAGAAAAGACCGUCAGCUAGUGAAUGCUAUACUAGGUUAUCACUCACGGCUUCUGAUUCCUUUAUUCGCACUGCUUUUGGUUCAUGAAUGAAAAUGUUAGAAAGAAAAAAAUCAAAUGGUAUGCCUGAUUUACCAUUGCUAAGGUGCUAAAUUUCCACUUUGCUGAAGAAAAGAAAAAAAUGAGCCGAGAAAAUUAAUUGUUUUAGGUACCAUGAACAAUACAUUUUCAGCUUGAGUUAGAUUCACAGAUUUUUUUCUGUCAAUGAUAUUAUCCUAACACCAGCUAAAAAGCAAAAUGUUGGGCCGAAGUGCAAAUUAUCCCGUGAGUGCCAUCGACAGGGAAUAUAUUUUUUUCUAUUUUGUAUGACAGGACAUUUUCGAAAAAUAUUGAUCUUUUUAAGAACGUAAUAGGGAAUAAGAAUAAAGGAUUUUUUCUGCAAUCAACAGCUUAAUAUAAAAAAAUUAUUCACCUCCAAUAUUUUAAUGUCUAUCAGAGUAUAUUCAUCACGGAAUGAGUCUAUCCAGGUGAAAAGCCUGUAUUCAGGAAAUAAACUUGCCCCCCCCCCCCCCACACACACACACAUACACAUUGCCUUAGGAAAGGCAGGUAUAGG